UCGAAAUGACGGGUGACAAACCGGGGGCUAAAUCUUCAUUUUGUUCUUCUGUUGAUUCUUUACACAAAUUACAGAAACAUAGAUGGGAAGCAGCGAUGUGGAGGCAGGGUUCGCGAAGCUACAGGGAGAGGAUUUCGAGUACUAUAUGCAGACUUAUUCAAUAGUUUUAGGGCGCAAUUCCAAGAAAUCUUCGGUGGAUGUUGAUCUCUCCUCCCUCGGCGGUGGCAUGAACAUCAGCCGCCACCACGCGCGCAUCUUUUACGACUUCCAGCGGCGGCGCUUUGCUCUCGAGGUGCUUGGAAAGAACGGCUGUUUCGUCGAGGGCGUGCUUCAUCUUCCUGGGAACCCCCCUGUGAAGCUCGAUUCGCAGGACCUACUGCAAAUUGGGGAUAAGGAGUUUUAUUUUUUAUUGCCGGUGAGGAGUAUCUUGGGAGGGCAUAUUGGGCCGAGGCAUCAUGUAAAUAACUAUCAGAUGGGUUCUGGACUUCAAUAUCCCGGUCAGAAUCAGCAGCAUUCGCGGUUACCGCCGCCCUCGGGGCCUGGAGGGGUGGAAUAUGGUAAGAAGGGGAGAGGGAGGGAGUAUUAUGAGGAGGAAUAUAAUGAGGAGGGCGGUGGUGGCGAGGAUGAUGGUUUCAUGGGGGUUAAGAGGAUGAGGAGAGUGGAUGGUGUUGAUGGUUCCGCUGGUGGUUAUGGAUAUGGUUUGGGCGGGUCAGGUUCCAGUGGCAAGGCAGGGCUCUCAGGGCAAUUGGGUUGUGGAUUGAUCUUCAGAGUUCCUAUAUUUACAUUGGACCAAUGGAUGUUUUCCUUGCACUGAACAGUCUGUUGGUAACGGGGAGUUUUGCAGAUCACUUGGAGAAUAGUAUUUUACUAGAGUUUGUGUAUGGAAUGCAUCGUGCUUCAUGUACAUUGUUGUUUUAAGCAAGACCUUGUAGAACUUGCCUUAAUUCGGAUUGAAGGCUUAAAGAGUGUGUUCAUAUGAAUCAUUGGAUUUUUCAUCUCUUUACUCAUCUCAGUAUCCUUUUCUACUUAUGCUGAAGAGAUAAAGUCACUUAACUUGCAGAUGACAGAUAGUGGAUAUAUAGACCGUAUGGAUUUCCAACCGGAUGAUGAAAAGUGAAGGCAGCGAGAAUAUUCAUGUAGGAAGUGGAGUUGAAAGUAGCAAUACUAUUUGUAUUAUUUUAGACUUUUAGUGCAUAAUUAUUAGCACUAGCAGCUUUUUUUUCCCCUUUUCCUAAGUCCUCCAAAAUGUUCUCUGGCUCUGCUCUUUGCAUUAUAAUUUGAAUAUUCUAUUCAAAGCAUAUUUAUCAAAGUGGAUGUAACUUCUAGAUGGCAUCUUUUUGUGGCUUCACAACUGAAAAAUGUUGCUAACCUGAAAUAUAGUCUUCAAUAUUCCUUCCACGGAUUAGUGUCUUUCUCUCUGACACUGAUGCAUAGAAACCCUGAAAAAUGCCAAAUACAAUUUAUUCUCCAGUGCUCAGCCUGCUUAUGCCGUUUGGGCAGCUCUUUUGUGCCUUCUCUUUGCUCUGGACAGGGGAAAGUGAUGUAUAAAAAAGGGCUGGCCCAUCAAAAAUCUGGUUCCUU